AUGGUGCAUCAGUUUGACCAAACGACAAUCGAGACACUUCUGCAGGAACGGUUGAGCGCGGGGAGCAAAGGCCGAUACACGACGGGAGACGGUGACGGGAGUGGUAUAGGCGCCAAGGAUGGCAGCGGCAAUCUAUCUGGCGAUCCAACGUACCUGAGCUCGCUGCAGGAGCAGUGUGCAACACUGAAGGAGCUUCUUCACAAGUGCGCCGAGGAGCGGGACAAGUACAAGCUAGAGCUGGCGAGGCUGCGUCCUUCAACAGAAGUCCAAACCGCGUGCACUGGGAAGGGGUCAGGCAGCGCUUCUGUCAGGGAGUUUGCGGCCUCCUCGACGCAGGGGGACCGCACUCUGCAGGACUACGUGAAUCAGCUUGAGGCAGAGUUGCGUCGUCAGUCGGAAGCGAUGUCUAAAGUAGUGUCGCCGCGGCGUCUCUACAGGCAUGUGUGGGAAGCCACAGACGGCGAGAGUGAUGCGCAGCUUCAGAAGAUACAACUCCCAGAGAGUGAGCUUGAGGCCUUGCGACAGGGAAAGAAUGGAGGUGGCGGAGACGCACUGAGGAGUGUUGUAGAUGCCCCCGAGAGUGUGGCCCAUAAAAGGACGGAACCGUCUUGUGACUCGCCUGGGCCACUUGCACUGGGGAAGACGGCAGGAGAUAAGAACGACACUGCCUGUUUGAGCCCGUGUCCCACGCGGUUGAGGACAUCCUCAAGCGAUUGGAAGAAACUCAGGCUGAGGAUCAUGCACGGGAAGAGGCGUUGA